UGCCGGCCAACGCUGCCGCCAGUUCCGGCCAACCGCGCCGCCGAGCUCCCGCACGGCGCUGGCCUUGCCGCCUCCGCGCGAAGUCCCCAGCUCCCGGCCAUCGCCUGGUGCCGCAGAUGCCCGACGACAUGAGCGCCUCUCCCGAGCGUCGCCGAGAGAGAAGGGGGUCGUUCCACGUCCGUACAAGCGUCGCGGGGAAGCGCGCGCCGCCGUCUCCGGUGCUUGUGUACUGCAUCAGCGCCAUUGCCCUUCUUGCGAGCAUUGGUCGCACCCUAGCCCCAAAGGAGGAGCUCUGUCUUGGCUCAUUUUGGUGCAUUUCAUUAACACCUGUUUCUUGCAAACCUCAAGGGAUUAAGUAUGAGCUGCACACUCUCCCUGUGGAUGCUAAGGCUGUAACUGACGGUGACACAAUUACCGUGUAUGUUAACAUGGCCAAUCAUCCCGAGUCUGGUAAUGUGCCCCAGGAAGUGCAGAAAGCAGUCAUUGAGCGGACCAAGGCAUGGGUGGCCAAGAACUGCCAGCGAGCUAAUGCUUUGCAGAAGAUCAUACUGGAUGCAGGAUAUAGGCAGGUUCCUAACAUGAGAGGCGAACAUGUUCUCGCAAAGAAGUACCAGAUUAGGCUAAGGGGGAUCGAUGCACCAGAGAGCUUGAUGCCUUAUGGCAAAGAGGCAAAAGAGGAGCUAGUGAGGCUGGUGCAGGGAAAAAGCUUGAAGAUUUCCAUAUAUGACAGUGACCGAUAUGGUCGAUUAGUUGGAGAUGUUGACUGCAAUGGGGUUUCCGUGCAGGAACACAUGCUGAAGAAAGGGCUUGCAUGGCACUAUACUGCUUAUGAUCGUCGGAUGGAGCUCAGCAAGUGGGAGAGUCAGGCACGAGCGAGCCGAACAGGAUUGUGGGCAUCACCAGAUCCUGAGAAACCGUGGGAAUGGAGGAAGAAGAAACGCAUUGGGACAAUGUGAAGCGGCUGUAGAUUUCUGCUGCACGCAGUGGCCAGGAAUUGCUAAAUGAUUUUACCCAUUCGGAAUUGUAGUCUGAAACAUUAGUUCCGUCGCUGUAGUGUGCUAUUGUUGCAAAUUGUUAAAUCGUUGUAAAUUAGAGCACGUUUAUUUGAUUGACGUAAGCUCCAAAUGGGGACUGAGACUGCUGUGAUUAGUGUAGUAGAACCUGAUUGAAUUGUUGUAGGGUUUUUCCCCAGACAAUUGAUUGCUUAAGCUAUCUCAUGCCGUUUCAA